GAAACUCUGGAAAUGAGGAUAAUUUAUUUAAUAUCGACUGUAUUAUUAAUAUAUACAAAUGCAACAGUUUUAAGAACAAAAGAAAGUAUUCAAAAUAAAGUUACUUACGAUAAAUACGGAUUCCAACCACUUUGUAUCUCAUGUACAGGAUUAAUAUCAGUUGCCAGUUUUUUCUUGAAAUUUGAUGUUUCUGAGCCAGUAAUUCUCGAGUUUGCAACCAUUGUCUGUAAGCUUUUUGCCAAACAACCAUGGGCGGUCUGUGAUGGAAUUUCUUCACAAUUUAGGGAUGAGUUCUUCUAUGUAUUCCGUCGUCUUGCCAAUGAAAGUCCAUCUCAAAUUUGUGGAAUUAUUCUCCCUGACUGUGCUGAUCCAACAGAUCCUUCAGAAUCUGGAUGGAUGGUUGCACUUCCACCGAAACCAAAACGAACUAGAAUUUCGAAGAAAAAAGUUCAAAAGAAACCAAACAUGUCAAUGUCACAGAAUUUGAAUGUCCUCCAGUUGACAGAUCUUCAUGUUGAUUUUGAAUAUAAAUAUCCAUCGGAAGCCAAUUGUGAUGAUCCAGUCUGCUGUAGAGUAUCCGUGUCUGAACCGAAAAAAGCUGCUGGAUACUGGGGAUCAGUUGGAAAGUGUGAUAUUCCAUUUUGGACAGUUGAGAAUAUGUUAUCACAUAUCAAUAAAACACAUAUGAUUGAUAUGGUGAUAAUGACUGGAGAUUACAUCAACCAUGUGGAUUGGGAAUAUUCAAUUGAAGAGCAUCUUUCAGUUUUAAGAAAGCUUCAUCGCCUUGUUCAGAAUACAUUCCCAUCUACACCAAUCUAUUGGGCACUUGGAAAUCAUGAAGGUGUUCCUGUGAAUAGUUUUGCACCACAUUCAGUCGACGAACGAUUCUGGCCAACAUGGUUGUACAAAGAGUUUCAAACAAUGAGUGGACCAUGGUUGAGCGAAGGUGCUAAAGAUAGUUUAUUGAAACGUGGUUCCUACUCUACACAAGUUAUGGAUGGACUUAAAUUAAUUACCCUCAAUACUGGAUUCUGUGAAGUUACCAACUUUUUCCUGUAUCUAAACCAAAGUGAUCCGGAUUCUUCAAUGUCCUGGUUUGUAAAAGAACUAUUUGAAUCUGAGAAGAAAGGAGAACAAGUUUAUGUACUUGCACAUAUUCCACCUGGAGAUUCUGAAUGUCUUGAAGGUUGGGCAUUCAAUUACUAUCGAGUUAUUCAGAGAUUUUCUUCUACGAUAGCCGCUCAAUUCUUCGGACAUGAUCAUUUGGAUUACUUUACAGUUUUCUAUGAGGAUAUGCAUAACGUGUCGAGUAAACCAAUAAGUGUUGGAUAUGCUUCACCUUCGGUAACUACUUUUGAGUAUCAAAAUCCUGCAUACAGAAUCUACGAAAUUGAUCCUUAUAAUAAAUUUAAAAUCGUCGACUUCACAACUUAUUACGCCGAUUUGGAGAAAGCAACGGAGGACAAAAAGCCGGUGUGGGAGAAGCUGUAUUCUGCUCGACAAGCACAUGGGAUGGAUGAUCUGUCUCCGCUUUCCUGGAACAAAGUUAUUCAGAAACUUUUCACCAGCGAAAAGAAACGAGAGAAAUUUUAUCAAUACGCAUUCCGAAACUUCUCUCCGCAAUGCGAUUCCACGUGUCAAAUGCAAUUGAUGUGCAAUCUUCGAAUGGGUCAUCACAACUCAACGCUUUAUUGUCCAACUUUUUGAUUCUCAUUGUUUAUCAUUUCAAAGACCUUGUACAAAACAAAAAACUUGUCUUAAGUGAAAAUAAAUAGAUAAAAUUAUGCAAA